AUGAAAAUGUACAACGGAUACAGUAGUAUAAAAGAGAACGGUAGAGGGAGUAGAGAUAUUUCUUAUUUAAAAGAGAAUAAUCAAGUGUUAUAUAGAUAUGUGAAUAUAUGCAAAUAUAUGAGGAUAAGUAUUAAAACAACAAGAAUAUUCUUAUAUAUGGCAUAUGCAGCAGUUAUAUUUUUUAUAAUUUCAGAAGUACACUGUGAUAUAUCUAUGAAGGAAUUAAAUGAAGUACAGCGCACUAUAAUUAAACACUUUCAGAAUGGCAAGAUGAUAUUGAUAAAUCCGGAUGGUCCAUUAAGUUUAUUAGGAGUGCAUAUGAACAAACAUAUACUUAAAAGACCAUUGGAUAAAAAUGCAUUAUCAAGCAUAGAAACCGUGAAUACUCAGAAAAUAGAAGAGAAUAGAAAAAUGAGUACUGUAGAAGACUGUUUGGUGCCGGAUAUGGACGUAGUUGAUAAUACACAAGAAACAACAUCUAAUAAGCAUAUACCAGAGAGAGUAAAAACAACAGAAGUAGUACCACCACCAGAUAAUUUAAGUAUAAACUCAUUUACACAGUUUUUAGAAUAUUAUAAAAAUACAAAUGAGAUAUCUUAUAGUAUUAUUGCUAUUUUACUAAUAUUGUCAGAGGGGCUGGAUAUUCCAUUAAGAUUUGAAAAUGAGGAUUCCUAUUUAGUUUUAUUUAACAAUAUGGAAGAGAAAAAAAUAAUAUUUAGAAUUAACAUGUCUAUUGUCCAAUCUUCGGUGGCACACACAAAUCCAAAUAAAAAAGCAAGGAAUGCUGUGUACAAAAAAGGGGCAGUUAAAUACAUUAAAUUUUUUAUGCAAGGAGAAAAGCAGCACGGUGAGGAGAAGCCCAACGCACAGUUAACAGAACCAUUUGAUAUAAACAAGUUUAUAAACAGCCAACGGUGGCAUAUUCAGAAUUACAUAUGGAAUUAUAUAAGCAGUGGGGAAGAACUCCUUAAAAUCAUCAGGAAUGUUUAUUGUAUACUUAUUGAGAUAGCAAAGAAUUCUGAACUUGUUGAUUUAAAAAACAUAACAGUGUUAUUAUGA